AUGGAGCAAGGCUCCCCAUGGCUGCGCCUCCGCUCUGGCCAGGUGUUGGGCCGAGCAGAGUUGCCGAGGGUGGUCUGGUCUUUCUGGGAUAAGGGCAUCCAGGACUUGAGCGAGUUCCGGUCCAUGAACCCAGCUUGGGACAUCAAAGCCGGAGGCUCAAUGUCCAAGCAUGACUUGUUGGAGCGCCUUGAGCCACCGUCGUGUCGGAAAGGUUUCAAAAAUGGCGAGUCAUGUGCCCUCGCACAGCCCCCUCGACCUCUGGUCCAGCCCGACACAGACAGGUUCUUGGCAUGUGUGAAGAGGAUCCUGCCGAAGAGCCCCAUCCCGCCGCGGGAGGUCGUCAGUGUCUCCAACAGCAGCGUUGGUAGCGAGGUGGACGAUGCUAGGAAGCGCUGGGCGAAGGAAUGGUUCUACCAGGGCAUGCAGAACCAGGUAAAAAAGGUCGGAGCCAUCGCUCUCAAAGCUGCCAUCAGCGGGUUCUGGUCUGAGAUCCUGGGCAGUCUCUGGGAAGCUUUCUUCCCACCGCCCUUGUGGAAGGAGUAUUCCGUCAUGAAGCUCAUGAUGGAGUGGACCGAGCAGUAUGUGCAGCGCGCCAUCGCUGCAGAGCUCAAAAAUGACAUCGUCGAGAAGAUGUGUGAUCUUGAGGACGCAACAGGUGAGCUGAACAAGUGCAUGGCCAGCUUGAAGGAGGAGAUCGGCAAGGAUGCGGAGGAGGACCUGCCAGGGCGCCUUCCCACGGCUUCGCGUCAUCGCGGGUCAGAGCCGCCGGUCCCAUUUCCAGAAAGCUUGUUUUUCGAAUGCCUCGGCAAGCAUACAACGGCCAAGACUGCUGCAAGGGCAAUCGUAAACAAGAUCGCGACCACCGGGUACAAACAGGAGAUGGCUCCGGAGUUCCAGGCCAGCGCUUGGUCUCUCAUGACCCUGUGGCGGCAGCUCUACAACGUCCGCCUCGAGAAGGAGGCGUUCGAACCCGAGUCCAAGAAAGUCUCCGAGGAUGUCUUGGAAGCCAUGAAGGAUCAGAUGAAAUUUCUCGAUGUGACAGCCAAAAACAUUAUGGAUGACUGGAAGAAGUGGCGAAAGGACCGACUCGAAAUCAAGCAGUGGAGACAUCGCUCCAGUCGUUCUAUACGCCGACGCACCUACUUCACCCGGGCAUCUGUAACGUUGAUUGACAAGCUCACAGGCUUCGAGCAAACAUGGAAGACAGAGGAGGCAGCUAAUGAUGACUGGCCCUAUGGUAUACUCACGGACAGGUUUAAGGAGCAGGUUAAGGAACGCCACCUGCAGCAAAUGUUCAUCGAAGAGUUCGUCCCGAUGAUCUCAACUUAUCCUUACAUCCGUCGUUUGAUCCCCGGAGAAGAGACCAGCAAAUUGAUACCUGAUCCACUGCCGGUGUUCCUUCAGCUGCCAACGUUGUCUGGAUGGCUUACUGGCAACAACCAGAUGGACUUGAAACACCACGGUCUAGAGAAAUGGGUCUAUGCAAGCAUAAAAAGCAGGGAUCACGGCCCUAUUCACUCGAUCGCCGGGCGCCGCGGGGAUCAGAUCGACCAGCUGAACUUCGUCGGUCGAGGCUUUGUCCCCCUGCCGGAGCACAACACCGGCGGAGAAGAGAUGCCAGAGAAGUACUUCCAGGGGAAGAUUUGCGGACUGGACGUGGGAUACUGGAAGGACUGGAUGCAUCGCUUCACGGUUUUCAAUAUCAAGAACGCCUCUGAUAGCUGGAAAGGCAAGAGCUCAGCCGAGACUACGUUUUAUGCCUCUGGCCCAGGUCUCUGCGGCCUCUACACUUUCGACCGCCCGAAGAUGCAGGCUGAUGGCUUCGGGGGAUGCGGCGAUGCUCUGCAGCUGCAAAUGUGGUUCCAACCCGACGAGGCGUUGAAGUAG